AGCUGAAUGUCUGACUGAGAGAUUGAUGACGUCACGAUGAAGUUACAACCCACGUGACAACCCACGUGACAACCCACUUGACAACCCACUUGACAACGCACGUGACAUGAUCCCUAAAGAACUGCGACUGUACGUGGGAGGGGAUGGGCCGGAGAGGAAGGUGUUAUUAGAGAACAAGAGCAGUAACACUGGACUGCUAUUUCAGGGUGAUGUGUGCGCUGAGCUCCACAGCAGUGAAUUGUCCACGAUAAAAGGUGCUUGUGAGAGGGUGGCUGAUGUCUACGCUUCCAUUGGAGUUCUCUCAAUUCACAAUGAAGACGGCACGGAUAUGCGCUAUUUAGGUCUGGUAACCACAUGUAACUCAGCUGGUAAACUCACGGAAUGUGAAAUAUUUUGUGUUACUGAAGUUAUGUUCGUGGAAAUAACUGAGGGUCACAGUGUGGAUAGAACUGCAGCUUGCAAGAAGCUGAUCACUCAAGGAACAUUUUUCUUCGGAAUGAAAGAGUCGGGGGAGAGCUAUGAUAUAACAGUCAACAUGCAGUCUAAACUAAACAAGGGACUUCAGAGCGACUUCAGAUUCUUAUGGAACAGGAGUUUGUUCACCCACCCUCUAAAGUUCGUGUCAGACCACACCGCUUGGUUUGUUAACCUGAUAUGUGGAAGUGUAAGUAUCUCUACUAUCUACUGUGGAACACACCAAGCAAGAGCUGCUGUCAUCUCUAGAGUCAGCUCCGAGAGAGCUGGUGCUAGGUUCCAGGUUCGAGGUGUAGAUGAUAACGGGUGCGUUGCUAACUUUGUGGAGACAGAACAGUGCACCGUACUCAACGAUAAGAUCAGUAGUUUUAUACAAAUCAGGGGAAGUGUGCCUGUAUUCUGGGAACAGUCUGGUAUCCAGGUAGGGUCCCACAAACUGGCCAUAACAAGAGGUUACGAACUGACACAAGUCGCUUACGACAAGCACAUGACCCUGCUGAAGAAGGACUACGGACUGGUUAUGAUACUGAACUUGUUAUCCAAUAAACCAGACACUGAUGAAAGCCAUCUCAGUAACCAGUUCCAGGCGCAUCAAAUGGACAGUGUGCACGAGGAUGUGAUGAUGAGGAACUUUGACUACCAUGCCGUGUGUAAGGGGAACAGAACCGAGCCUAUACAGUCCCUUUACAAGGACAUUGAGACUUUUGUAGGCUUCUCUGGCAUCUUCUGCCAGAACGGCAACGAGUGUAUUGGCGUACAGGAAGGAGUACUAAGAACUAACUGUCUGGACUGUAUAGACCGGACCAACUCAGUACAGACCUUCAUCUCCAACAAGAUCCUUGUAAGGCAGCUGGAGCACAUCUGCGCGGUGCCCCAGAUUGAGAAGUUUAGCGCCGCGUUCGACAAGUGCUGGCAUACCAACGCUAACCUGGUCUCACGUACUUACUGCGGAACUGGUGCUCUUAAAACAGCUACUGGCAAGUCAGCUACUGAUUCGGCGAUUAAGUCCCUGGCCCGUGAUCAAAUGAGUCGUCUCACGGACGCUACACGGUCAGUUAAGCGGACGAUUCAGAACAAUUUCCUGGACGACAACAGACAGGAAGCUAUCGAGGAGUUCCUCAUGUAUCCUGAGAAACCGUUACCUCCUGUCAUUUCUAAGUGUGAACGAUUCUUACCCAAGUUGUUUGUGGAGGGACUGCUUUCUGAAUCACGUGACUACUGUUCUAAACUUCCUAUUCGUGUUGCGGUCGGUACUUGGAACAGCAACGGAGGUAAGAUAUUGCGGGAUGAUAAAGAUAAACUGGCAGACUGGUUACUGGACGCCCCACGAGUAGCGUGCAGUAACCAGUUCAAGCUAGGAGGUAUCUGUGACGAUCUACUAGGACUAGACGCAACUGAGCAGCCUGCAGAUUUAGGCAACAAAACACCGUCCUACGGUUACGUAGAUAAAGGAGCCAGCUACCAGGACGACCCUGAUGUUAUUGCUAUAGGGCUUCAAGAACUUGUCGAUCUAACUGCUGGAAACAUCGUCUCUACUAGUCAGCGUAAAAGAGGAAUGUGGAGUACCAGAUUCCAGGAAAUUCUGUGUAGGGACUCAAACUACAUUCUUCUGUCUUCAAGACAACUUGUGGGCGUGUGCCUCUUUGUCUUCAUAAAGGCCAACCAUCUUCAACACUGCACGGAUAUCUGCAUAGACGCAAUAAAAACGGGACUAAAAGGAAAGACAGGGAAUAAAGGUGGGGUGGCGAUAUCAUUCAACCUCUACUCAACCUCUUUGUGCUUUGUAUGUGCACAUCUGGCUGCUGGACAGAACAAUGUUAUUGACAGAAACAAGCACUACGAAUACAUCAGGGACAAGGCCUUGUUUGAUAACGGAAUGGAGAUAGAGGAUCACGACUACGUUUUCUGGUGCGGUGACUUUAACUACAGGAUAGACUAUGCAAACCAUGAGAUACGAGAUUUGGUUAAAAAGAAAUCUUGGUACGAUCUUCAGUGUGCUGAUCAGCUCACUGUUCAGAAAAACGAGAAAAAGGUAUUCCAAGGGUACAACGAGGGUCCACUGGAGUUUGCUCCGACUUAUAAAUACGACCUGAACUCAGAUUACUACGAUACAAGCGAGAAAUUCAGAUCUCCAGCAUGGUGUGACCGUGUAUUGUGGAGAUGCAAGGAAAGGUGUAGAUAUAUGGAUAACCUCAGUCCAGGCAAGCUCCUCUUCUAUGGCAACACUGAGAUAAAGACUUCAGAUCACAGGCCGGUAUUGGGCGUAGUCGAUAUUGAGGUGCGUAAGAUAGACCCCGGACAGAAGUUAGCGCUGUACUCGAAGGUGUUCCGCGGUUUGGGGCCGCCAAAUCCAACUGUUUGUGUGACGUGUGUUGCGCUACCCGGUAGGCCAGUGGUUGAGUUGAGUGCUCUGGUGACGGCGGUGCUGCAAGAAAUGCAACAGUUUGGGCCCAUAACUCUGGUGAGGGUACCGGAGGGGGUGAUGCACUUCACGUUCCAGGACAGUGUCUCUGCUAUGCAUGCUCUGCAGUUGGAUGAGACAGAGAUACUGUACCACACGCUAGAUAUACAUCUAAAAUCAACAGCUGAGGACUGGAACUUACUGAUAGGGCUGGAACCUACUCCUAUUAAUUUUGUUAUCACACCAAUUGAAAAGCUACUGGAUGAUGGAUUCGUAGAUAUGGAGGGGGACGAGUCAGGCGAGGAGAUGGAAGAGAACAUUGUAGAGGAUUCUGAAGAAAGUGGUGAAGAGGAAGAUGGAGUGAAGUAUCAACCUACUGUACUCAAGUCACUUCCACGGGUUGAGAUAGAGCCGGAGAAGAAGAUGCCCCCAGCUCGGCCUCCUCCGCCCUCCCGUCCUCCGCCCCCAAAGAUUAGCUCCCAACCCACUACAGAACCAUCCUCUCAACGCCCACCUCGUCCCACUCCCCCUCCUCCAUUCUCCAGAGCUGACCUUUUAGAAUCCCAGCAGGCUCGCCCCGCGCGCCCUGCUGUGCGGCCCUCUGCUGAGGUAGUGAAACAGUCCCAGCCGUCCCGCCCAGCACCGCCCCCAGAUUACGCGCCGUCCCGCCCUACACCGCCCCCAGAGUACGCACCUAUCAUUACCAAGGGGGCCAGGAGUGGAGGAAGCGGUGAGGAUUACUCUGAUUAUAGAGAGAACGAUCCUCCGUCUGCACAACCUACUCGGCCUACACGGCCUGUCCGACCAGGAAACACCAAAAUGUCGUUCAUUGAUAAAACGCGUCAAGGUGCCCAAGGGGCCAAAGAGUUCAUCGCAGAAAAGCUAUUUCAGUUUAACGAGAAGAAGUCGGAGAUAGACAUAGGUGAACCGUUUGGGUUUGGCAAAACAUCAAAUAUGCAGCAGUUCGAUGACGGUACAUACAAGAUAACCUUAGAAGAUGGGAGGGUUAUAGUGUACGAGAAAGGAGGGAGCCCCGUAAUGAGCGGCUCACCACCCCCUACAGUCCCUCCCCCUCAACCCCCUGCUGAGAAAACUCCUUCUCCAGGCUCUAGUAGACCUCCUCGACCAGCUACUAGACCUUCACGGCCUGUUAGACCACCUGAUUCUGAGAUAGUAGAGCGAUGUAUGAUAGAUCCAGAGGACUUGUUUGGUGACAGUCCUACUCCACCUCCAGACUCCGACCCACCGCCUCCCCCCUCCGAGCAACCUCCCCCUCCUCCAGCUGCUCCUAAACGUCCUGUUCGUCCUAAUCCUGUUGAACUGUCUCGCUCUCUUCCUCGAGACGCACAUCCCCCAACCAGUCAGUUUGUUGAUAUGCCACAGUUUGUUGAUAUCCCACUAGACUCCAUGGCACUGUCACGUGACGUUAAAUCUCUCCCACGUGACGUCAUACCGUCCUCACGUGACGUCACUUCUCUCACACGUGACUUCAUAUCUCCCUCACGUGAUGUCACUUCUCUUCCACGUGAUGUCAUACCUCCCCCACGUGAGGAGAAUGAGACGUUCUGUAACCCCCUGUUAGUAGACGACCCCGUUAUCUACAGUGUGGCUGCUAACGCCAGUUCAGCUCGUUUAGAGGAUCUCUUCCCUCCCUCACCUGCUGACUCCUUCUCACGCAGCGCCACCAUCAGCAGCUUCGAUAACACUAUUUACGCUGAGUCAGAUCCACGGCUGAGACACAUUAAAUCUCAGGGUGACAUGGGGAGUAUUAUCGACCUGACACCGCCACCCCCUAAUCAGUACGAUAACAUUGGGUUAGGAGAUGUGGAGACUCCCUUAACGCCUGCCAGACCUAAUAGACCGCCUAGACCAACGAGACCCGCUAAUAUAUGAUAUGAAAUGGAAAUAUUUGUAAUUUAUGAACUAUGGGUAGUCGGAGGAAUUGUUUUGGAGACUUGACUUAACCUUUAGGGAGGUGGUAUUAAUUUUAACCAAGGUAAGGUGUAAACCGUAAACAUUAGGGGAAUACGGUAUUUUAUACUUCAAUCCCAACAUAUUUUCCCCCAAAGUUUUCCUAGCACCAAUAAAAAUAAUCAAGUCUGAAAAGUUUUCCUUGCACCAAUAAAAGUAAUCAAGACUGAAAAGAAGUCUCUUUGCAAAAGCUUUUUUUUUCUUUUGAUAAAACACGUUCUGAUAGUUUUGUUCCAGAAUCAAUAUUAAUUUGCAUGUUGCAGUUGAUUAUCUCAUGAAAAUAAGUUUUAUGUGCAAUUUAUUUCAAAUGUGACCAAUUAUCGUUAUUCAUUAUUCGGGUGUUCUGUUCAUUGCUGAUCUGCUUAACAUGACUGAACGAAGUAAAGCUGAAAGCGGAUUGUGUAUUUUAAUUUUUAUGUGAAUAGAAGGAACUGUUUUAAGUUUUAGCGCUACCGUUAUUUACAUAUAAUUACAAUGUUUUUUAUAAAUUCUGAUUGCAAGGCUAUAUGAUUUAGUCAAAAUUUUUGUUCCGAUGCUGAUCGUAUUUUUUAUAUACUUCUUAUGUAUUUCAAAAUUCAACUUUAGCAAAUUUUG